AUUGUAAACACAUUACAAGCGAUUCCGCCCCGGCCUAUUCCAUCCUUUUUGCAGAAUGGGCGGUGCAGACUUAUAUGUUAAAUAUUAGCAAUUAUUAAAAUGAAAGUGCUUCAAAGUGUCUCUUGUAUUUUAUUUGUUGCUCUUGUAUCACAAUUUGUGGGUGGAGAAGAUUUUUAUAAAGUUCUGAACAUUAGUAAAGAUGCCACUAAUAGAGAACUCAGAAAAGCAUUCAAGAAGGCUGCUCUUGAAUAUCACCCUGACAAGAAUAAGGACGACCCAGAGGCGCACAACAAGUUUCUGCUCAUCAAUCGUGCCUACGAGACACUGAAGGACCCGGACCUGCGCAAACGAUACGAUCUGUUUGGAGAGGAGAGCGGCAGCAGCGGCAACCGGCGCCAGUAUCAGUCCUGGAGCUACUACCACGACAACUUCGGCAUCUACGACGACGACCCGGAGAUCAUUACACUGGACCGCACUGAGUUCGAGCAGACAGUGGUGCAGGCAGAUGACAUCUGGUUCAUCAACUUCUAUUCCCCCGGCUGCAGCCACUGCCACGAUCUGGCGCCAGAAUGGCGCCGCAUGGCCCGGGAGCUGGAGAAUGUGAUCCGCGUGGGUGCGGUCAACUGUGCCGAGGAGCGCUCCCUCUGCCGACAGCAGGGUAUUCACGGCUACCCGACGCUGCUCUUCUAUCCGGAGAGGGAGCGUUACGAGGGAGACCGGAUCGCGGAGCGCCUGGUGCGUCACGUGCUGCGUCGGCUGUCGGCGGCGCCCAUCGACGUCGACGCGUCGAACGUGGCGCACCUGAGCCGGCGCAGCGCCGUGCUGGCCGAGCGGCCGUGGCUGCUGUUCUUUGAGGGCGGCGAGGAGCGGCCGACGCCGGCCUCAGAGGACACCCGGCUCAAGGUGGCGGCCAUGAUGGACGGCGUGGUGAACGUGGGCCAGGUAUCGUGCGCGGAGUCGGAGCUGUGUGACACCCUGCGGCCACCCGGGGCGGUCGUCUACUACCCGGCCGGGGAGGUGACUGCCGACAGCGGACAGACCAUCGACAGCCUGGACGCCCAGGAGAUAGCGGCGGCCGCGCUCCGGCUGCUGCCGCCGCUGCCCACACUCACCGAGGAGGAGUAUCAGUCGAUGCGCGCCUCUCUGCGGAAGGACCGGGACGGCGGCGCUCUACCGUGGCUAGUCGAGCUCGCCGCCGACCUGGCACCAACUAUGGAGCUGGUCCGACUGCCCACACUGCUCUCCUCCACAUCGUUCGCUCGACUCGACUGCUCGACACUGGCGCAUCUGUGCAAACAGCUACACGUGUCUAAAUACCCGGCGUUUGUGCUGUUCAAACCGGCGGCGCGCGGCGGGGGUUAUGAACUGUUCCACGGGCGUGCCACUGCACACCGUGUGGCGGCGUUCGCUCGGGACGCUGCCGCGGCCUCUCUGAGCGUGCUGGGUCCGGAGGAGCUGGAGUCGGCACUGCGGGACGGCCAGCCGCGCGUGGUGGACUUUUUCGCCCCCUGGUGUCCGCCCUGUAUGAGACUAAUGCCGGAACUGAGGAAGGCCAGCGCGCAACAGUCGGCUCUGCCGUUCGGGUCGGUGGACUGCACGGCGCACGCGGCGCUGUGCUCGCGCUACAACAUCCGCUCCUACCCGACGGUAAUAGUGUACAACAAGUCGGAGCCUCACGUGUACCGCGGUCCGCACACCGCCGCCGGUCUGCUCGACUUCAUAGAGGACACACUGAGGCCCGCAGUGGUAGCUCUGAACGACCCCGUGCAACAGGAGCUGGCCCGCCGCCGGCCGGCCGACCAGCUCUGGGUGAUCGACUUCUACGCCGGCUGGUGCGGCCCCUGCGUCCAGUUCGCUCCCGAGUACCGGCGUGCCGCCCGGCUCCUGAAGCAGCACAACGUACCGGCCGUAGUCGCCAUGGUGGACUGUGCCGAGCACAGGACAUUUUGUGCUGAACAGGACGUGCGCUCUUACCCGACCGUACGGCUGUACCGGCCAGGAAAAGGUGGCCUGCACAGCUACAGCGUAUACUCUGGUCACCGUGACGCCGAGUCGCUGCUCGACUGGACGCUGCGCUUCCUGCCGGACCCCGUCACGGAGCUGGCAGAGUCAGAGUUCGUGCCGCGCGUACUGGACGGUCCCGGCCCGUGGCUGGUGGACUUCUACACGCCCUGGUGCGGUCACUGCCAAAUGUUCGCGCCAAAGUUCCAGCUGGUGGCACGGUCGCUGGAGGGAGAAGUCCGCUGCGGCAAGGUAGACUGCCAGCAGUACCCGCGACUCUGCCAAAACGCCGGUGUACGGGCCUACCCGACGCUGAAGGUGUACGAGGGUGGCGGCCGACUGGACAUGGUAGGCACAGAAGUGGUCAGUCUGGAGCCGGAGAAAAUCGUCCGCUUUGUGCGCGGACACCUGGUACAGGCUGCGAGCGGCCAGCGGCGGUCCAGUCAGGCGGGGGAACGACAGCCGAGAGAUGAGCUGUGACCACCGGCUCCUCACGCCUCCCGCGUCUCUAGCCGGGCGGAAUCCUAGAUCUUUGUCUUGUUCACUUCACACACGUUCAAGAACUUAGAACGAGCUCGUUCUGUAUUUCUGAUAUAACUUUUUAAUCAUCACGUUUUUCUUAUUGUGACCAUAUUCACAUGUCGCUGAUGUUUGUAUUUUAGUGUUGGGUUAUUUCUGUUCACCCUGUGGCCACUGUGUGCUCCAGAGUGCCAUGCCUUGUGGUACACCAACACUGACAUACACUCCAACUGCGUGGCGAGACGGCGAGAGACAGUCCUGGCCGUGCUCUCGCGUUCCGAUAUGAUCUGAUCCAUAUGGUGCUAGCGCGUCAGCCCAGCUGCCGUGCCUUAGGGGUGGUUUUGCCUUCGGCAUGGUGCGAGUCUUCCAGUCAGAGAUUAUGCAGCAGCAUUAAAUGAACAAGGUAUUAGAUCUGUUUGCCGCAUUAACUACAUUGUGCUUAUCCACUCGGUGAGUAUUUGCCGUCUUCCGUUUGUUGAAUACUUAUGUGGUGAGCUCCUGGAUCCAAGUGAUGCAUUUGUGAUACACAUAACUAUGAACCGGUUCGCUGUGUAUUCUCCUGUAAAGACGAGUCAUUCCUCCCAAUCGUAUUGCUAGCAUUUUGUGGUCCGCGUGUGCAAGUAAUUUAAUGAUAGCGUGUUCACAUGAUGCACCGUGGUAUGCUGUUAGCUGGACCAUGACCAAGUUGCUUGUGUUUUCUGAUGUUUAUAAUAAAAUAUAACCGUCAUGAUCA